AUGGACAUGCACGCUCAGAGGUUCUUGUGGCACGAGAACUGUGAGGAGUUACAUAACCCUCACAUCUACGUUAUGCAAGCGCUUACCUUCGGCAUCAGCUGCGCACCUUGCAUUGCUCACUUUGUUCGAGAUGUAAAUGCAGAGCAAUACAAGCAAACAUCGCCGCGAGCGGUAGAAGCAAUACAAAAGCAUCAUUACGUCGAUGACUUCAUCGACAGCGUCGAUACCGAAGAAGAAGCACUGGAACUGGCUCUGCAAGUGAAAGCAAUUCACGCUCAAGCUGGAUUCAACAUUCGUAACUGGGCAUCUAACUCAUCAGCUGUUCUGAGGCAACUUCCAGGGGAGUCCGUCGAAGAUCAAACUCCUAAGUACUUAAGCAAUGCAGAAAAAAUAUUAGGUUUGUUUUGGGAUCCAACUAACGAUGUUUUUAAGUUUAUUUGCAGGUUCUCCAAAAUGAGCCGAGACAUCUUGCAAUGUAGCUUGGUCCCAACCAAAAGGGAAGUACUCCAGGUGUUGAUGUCCAUCUUCGACCCUCUCGGGUUUGUGGCACAUUACACCAUAGGUCUUAAAAUACUACUUCAGGAUGUAUGGCGAUCGGCCAUUAACUGGGAUGACCCACUCCCAGGUCCGCUUUACAACAAGUGGUGCCAGUGGAAGACGUUGUUGCCAGCAAUAACCUCUAUUACGAUUCCGCGAUGUUAUUCACAACUUCUAAAAGACUCCGAAUGCAACCAAAUCCACACCUUCGUAGAUGCCGGCGAGUAUGCUUACGCGGCAAUUUGCUAUUUGCGAGUGAAAAACAAAAACGAAGUCAACACUAUCAUCGUGGCCGCUAAGUCAAAAGUAGCACCGCUAAAGCCCGUAUCUAUCCCGAGGCUCGAACUACAAGCUGCAGUGACUGGCGUAAGAUUGGCGAACAAUGUGAUGAAGGCACUACAAGUUCCGAUUCAUGCUCGAUUCUGGUGGUCAGACUCAAAGACCGUGCUCAAAUGGCUCCGAGAAAUUUCAAAACAGUAUGUAAUGCAUCGCGUGGGCGAGGUAUUGGAGGCGACCAACGCCACUGACUGGAAUUGGGUUCCCUCAAAACUUAACCCUGCUGACUUGGCAACGAAAUUCAGCCGGCAACAAAGUUCCGAUAUCUGGCUGCACGGGCCGAAAUUCUUAUCUUUCAAUCAAACCGAUUGGCCGAAAUGCGACGACCUCGGACCAGUGGAGCAUACUGAAUUCCGACAUUUUACCUUUCAUAUAACCAAAGGCGAAACCACACAACCUUUAAACGAUGCUGAUAGGUUCUCAAGCUGGCGUCGAUUAUACUUGACGAUGGCGAUGGUAAUAUUGUUCGUAGAAAAACUAAAAGCCAAGAUAAAGAAGGAGCAAAUACCUACCGGCGUAUGUGACAACAUUAUCCACAGAGCUAAGAGCGCGCUCAUAAAAGAGGCACAGCAGAGUGAAUAUCGGCAAGAAGUUAUCAACCUCAAAUGCGGUAAGAGUGUUGAAAGCGAUAGCAAACUAAUCUCUUUAAAUGUCUAUUUAAGCGACGAAGGUAUACUCAGAUCACGGGGAAGAGCCGAAAGCUUAAGAACUGGCGACUCUAUAAUCUUACCGACAAACAACUCAAUCACAGCUUUAAUAGUUCGACAUUACCACGAACGAAAUCAUCAUCAAUUUCAUGAAGCAGCCUUGAACUCGAUUCGCGAACAAUAUUAUAUUCCACGCCUACGAGUACUUUACCGCAAAAUACGAAGGUCAUGUCAACGCUGCAAGAACGAUGGCGCUAAGCCAAAUACUCAGCAAAUGGCUCCGCUACCAGCUGCACGUUUGGCAAGCUUUGAGCGUCCCUUCACCUAUGUCGGAAUAGAUUUUUUCGGUCCGAUACAUGUCUCGAUUGGAAGGCGCAGAGAGAAAAGGUGGGGAGUAAUCUUUACUUGUUUGAGCGUCCGUGCAGUUCAUCUGGAGGUCGCACAUAGUCUAGACGUCAGUUCUUGUAUAAUGUGCAUUCUGAACUUUGUGGCACGGCGAGGCAAACCACGCGAGAUUUAUACAGACAACGGCACAAACUUUAAAGCUGCGGAAAAGGCCUUGCGCACAAAUGCUAAUGGUAUCGAAAAGCUAAACAUAAAUUGUGAAGACGUCGUUUGGCGAUUCAACCCACCAGGGGCGCCACAUAUGGGCCGGGCCUGGGAGAGAUUAAUCCGCUCCGUUAAAUCCGUCCUGAAUGCUAUUUGCCCUUCGUACAAAUUUACAGACGAAACGCUCAAAAGCGCCUUAUGUGAAGUAGAGCUUACAAUCAAUUCUCGACCACUCACAUUUGUAUCUCUCGACAGCGCAGACGACGAUGCGCUCACACCAAACCACCUGCUCCUCGGAUCUACCGACGGACACAAAUCAGUCUUCAACGAGGCAUCAAACCUACGACAGCAGUGGCACAAGACACAAGACUUCGCUAACAAGUUCUGGCAACGUUGGCUGCAGGAAUAUACUCCAAUCAUUCAACGUAGAGCCAAAUGGUUCAGCAAGCGGGCAUCAGUCGCAAUCGGAGACGUCGUUGUUGUUGUUGAUGAGACUCUGCCGCGAAAUUAUUGGCCGAAGGGUAUCAUCGUUGAUGUCGUAAAAGCAAAAGAUGAACAGGUGCGACGGGUAACUAUAAAAACGCAAAAGGGUCUAAUGCAAAGGCCCGCAACCAAGGUGGCAGUGUUGGAUGUCACCGGCAAUACUUAA